AUGGAUGCCACCGCCAUUCGAAAUUGCAUCGCUGCGACGCUCGACGCUGAGGCCGAUGUCCGCCGGCGGGCUGAGCUCCAGCUGAAGCAGGCUGAGGGCCAGCAUGGCUUCACAGACUGCCUCCUGGACAUUCUCUCGUCUGAGCAGGAGGCCAAUCUCCAUCUUCCCACUGUCAUCUACCUCAAGAACCGUGUCAACCGCGCCUGGGAGCGCACCGAUUACUAUCCGAACGAGACUUUGAUAUAUGAAGAUGAAAAGGCGCGUUUCCGAGAACGGUUAUUGCCAAUCCUUGCCAGCGCACAAAACCGAGUGCGGCACCAACUCGUUCCUAUCCUUCAGCGCAUCUUGCACUUCGACUUUCCCGAGAAAUGGCCUUCGUUUAUGGACUAUACCCUUCAACUUCUCAACACAAACGAUCCUCGGUCUGUUUUGGCUGGUCUGCAGUGCCUGCUGGCCGUCUGUCGUGCCUAUCGCUUCAAAGCCAGCAACACGGAGAGCCGGGAUCACUUCGAUAAAAUUAUCGAGGCUAGCUUCCCGCGAUUGCUGGCGAUAUGCAAUGAACUGGUGAACCAGGAAAGUGACGAGGCUGGAGAGAUGCUACACAUCGCUCUCAAGUGCUACAAGCAUGCCACAUGGCUCGAGCUUUGUGCUUAUCUCCAGCAGAGUGCCGUUAAUCUUGGCUGGUGCUCCGUUUUCCUACAGACUGUGUCGAAGCCUAUCCCAGCUUCUGCCAUGCAAGGUGAUCCUCUGGAACGGGAGCGCCAUCACUGGUGGAAGGCCAAGAAGUGGGCUUACUUCAACCUUAACCGCUUGUAUAUCAGGCAUGGCAAUCCCUCUGCUCUUGACAGAUCGGUCGAACCCGCUUCACAGUUUGUCAAGGACUUCUCUACUCAGGUUGCCCCUGAGAUCCUCAAGCAUUACCUGCAAGAGAUCGAGAAGUGGGUGUCCAAGACCGUUUGGCUCAGCCGGCCCUGCCUCUCAUACACUAUUGUGUUCCUCGAUGAGUGCAUUCGCCCCAAAGAGAUGUGGGCACAUCUGAAACCGCAUCUGACCAACUUGGUUACACACUUCAUCUUUCCCGUUCUCUGCCUCAGCGAGGAGGACAUUGAGAAGUUUGAGGAAGAGCCUGAGGAAUAUCUGCAUCGGAAGUUGAAUUUCUACGAGGAGGUUUCGGCCCCGGAUGUUUCAGCUACUAACUUCCUUGUCACUUUGACCAAGGCACGGAGAAAGCAGACCUUCGAACUUCUCAGCUUCAUCAACGAUGUCGUCAAUCAGUAUGAGCAAGCACCUCCUGGUCAAAAGAACCAUAUUGCUAAGGAGGGUGCUCUUCGUAUGAUUGGCACACUCGCACCUGUUAUUCUUGGCAAAAAGUCACCCAUCGCCUCACAGGUGGAAUAUUUCUUAGUCCGCUACGUCUUCCCGGAUUUCACCAGUGAUCAGGGAUUUCUCCGCGCCCGUGCCUGCGAUACCAUCGAGAAGUUUGAGCAGCUUGAUUUCAAGGAUGAAAACAACCUACUUACGGUUUACCGUCACAUCCUCGACUGCAUGGCCGAUCCAAAGCUUCCCGUUCGAGUGACAGCAGCCCUGGCUCUUCAGCCUCUAAUCCGGCACGACAUCAUCCGCACCAGCAUGCAGACCAGUAUCCCAACCAUCAUGCAACAGCUUCUCAAGCUUGCCAAUGAGGCAGAUAUCGAUGCUCUCGCCAAUGUCAUGGAAGACUUCGUGGAAGUUUUCGCUGCCGAGCUCACUCCGUUUGCUGUUGCAUUGAGCGAGCAGCUUCGUGACACUUAUCUCCGCAUUGUCAGGGAGUUAUUGGAGAAUAAUGAGAGGCGGGAUGAUCUGGAUAAUGAAUAUGGUGACUUCCUUGACGACAAGAGCAUUACGGCCCUUGGCGUCCUGCAAACGAUUGGUACCCUUAUUCUCACUCUGGAGAGCACUCCAGAUAUCUUACUCCAUAUCGAGAGUGUCUUGAUGCCUGUGAUCCAAAUCACACUGGAGAACAAGCUCUAUGACCUCUUUAAUGAAGUAUUUGAGAUCAUCGAUAGCUGCACAUUUUCAGCCAAGAUGAUUUCGCCAAACAUGUGGAGGGCAUUUGAGCUCGUUCAUGCGACAUUCAAGUCUGGGGCUGAGCUCUACCUUGAAGACAUGCUGCCUGCUCUGGAUAAUUUUGUCCAAUAUGGUGCCCCUCAGAUCAUUGAGAAGCCUGAAUACGUCCAGGCUCUUUACGAGAUGGUCACAGACAUGUUCGCGGAUGGCAAGAUUGGCGGUGUCGACAGGAUAUGCGCUUGUAAACUUGCCGAGGCUAUGAUGUUGAGCCUGCGCGGCCAUAUCGACAACUGCGUCCACGGCUUCAUUAACGCCGCCAUGGGAGUGCUUGCCAACCAGCCGGUCCUCGGCAAGUCCUAUAAGGUCCACCUUAUGGAGAUGGUUAUCAACGCCAUCUAUUAUAACCCCAUCCUCUCAUUGCAGGUCCUCGAAUCUCAGGGUUGGACAAACAAGUUCUUCAGCCUGUGGUUCAGCAGCAUGUCAUCAUUUACCCGGGUUCAUGACAAGCAGCUCUGUAUCCUGGCCAUCAUUGCUCUCCUGAGCAUCAAGCCAGAGCAGGUUCCUCCGAGCAUCGCCGUUGGCUGGCCUAGGCUCCUCCAGGGCAUCAAAAUUCUUUUCGAUACUCUUCCGGAGGCCAUGCGCAACCGCGAAGAAGCCCUGAAGGAUGAUUUCCAGUUUGAUAGUGGCACCUACGGGUAUGAGGAGAGCGACGAUGAAUGGGAUGAUGACGACGCGAACUGGACAGGCGGCGACAACGAUGCUGAGCCGGUUACUGAAGCCAAGGAUGAGAGUACAGCAUACUUGGAGUUCUUAAAUGAAGAGGCUCAAAAGCUUAAGGCUGAUGAGGCCGAAGAGUCUGACGACGAGUUGGGCGAAGAUAGUGUCCUUCUUGAGUCGCCCCUGGACAAGAUUGAUCCUUACCUUGCUUUCCGCGACGCUUUCAAGAGGUUGGAAGCCGAGCAGCCUCAGUUUUGCGCUUCAUUGCUGUCUCAUCUCUCAGCCCAGGAGCGUGAGGCGCUCGCUGAGGUAUGCCGUCGGGCAGACACCCAGGACAUGCUUGGCCUACCGAGCCCUUUCCCGAUUUCGCGGGCACGUGUGGCUACGAACGGCACAAGCUAG